UCAAAGCAAACAGGAGAAAAAUGCUGUGCUCUCAUGGAUUCCCAUCUGCCCUCAGUCCUUUCAUGGACUUCUCCUGGCCUGUACGCAGUCUGUGGCCAGAGGUCAGACCUCUGCUCUACCAGCAGCAUCUCCUGCAAAGAAACCUCCAGGAUCUGCGCAGCAGUCUGCAGCUGAUGGACAAACUUCAACACCAGAUCCUGGAGGACACAGAGCCUUUUAGGAGCAGCGUGGCUCUGCAGCCAGUCUCCUACCAGCUGGACAAAGAGGGAGAGCACUUUGGCCUCACCCUGGAUACUCAAGGCUUUUCUCCAGAAGAGCUGUCAGUCAGGCAGGUGGGCAGGAAGCUGAGAGUCAGUGGGAAGACAGAGAAGAAAGAAGAAAAUGGGAAAGGCUCCUACUCUUACAGACUUCAGGAGUUUGAUCUGCCUGAAGGGGUGAAUCCUGAGAACAUCAACUGCUACCUUUCUCCAGAUGGAAAGCUCCACAUCCAGGCAGCCAAAGUUCCUUGUGUGGAGCCAGCUGAGAGAGAGCUGACUAUCAAGAGGAGCUCAGAGGAGGAAACACAGCAGAGUGUGUGUUCACCAGCAGAAGACAGCCAAUCAGAGACAGACAACAGAUCAUAGAACAAACCUGCAAACAAGGACUGACAAACAUGUUGAUGUGCCAAUAGGAUGGUUAUUCAUUUAUUUCUUUACUGGUGGCCUUAUGUGGUUAAAUUGAUAUUUUUCACAUUUAUGUAUUUUUUUAAGAGCAAUAUAUGUAAAACAAAUAAAACGUGAAACACAAAUUGUUCUAGAAGUGUGUUUUUUUUAUGUGUCCCCUUUGUUUAUACAGUGAAGACCAGAGCUUCAGGUGUUCUACAUUACUGUACCAUGCAGCCUUACUGCAAAAUGGAUAAUAUUCUGUUUUCAAUCUCAAAACUCUGCACAUAACACCCCAU